CAUCCAUUAAUUAGAAAGCUUUUGAAUAAAGCUUAUAAUUUAUGAUCUUAUUACUCCUCCAAGUUCCUGAUUAAAGCUAGCUUCACAGUCAUUUCAUCUACUCGAAAGAUUAUGUUGAAGAAGAUGCGAAACGAAAGCAAAGUGAAUCCUGGUCAGGCCAGUGAUCCUGCUGAUCAUCAUCAUGACAAUCCUCUCACCAACCAUCCUGCCGGAAUCCAGUUACAAAGAAAUAAAUCAUGCGGUGAAGGAAGAGCAAGUGCGCCUCCUGACGAACUUACUCAACCAAAUGCUGCCAACAAAAAUAAUAGCGGCGACAACAUGAUCAUGGAUCCCAGCGAAAAGGGAUUCAAAUGCGGUAUUCUGUGCCUCUUCUGGCAAGUCUUUGGUAGGGGAAAGCGAGGAAGUAGGGCCAAAAAGGAAGAAGCAGUACUAGUGACGAUGGAAGAAGUGAUAUCGAGGACAGUUUCCUUAGAAAAAUUCGAAUGCGGGUCGUGGGCAUCAUCGGCCAUCUGUCGUAGCAGCGAUGAAGGCGGAGACUCCAAGCAUCUCUACUUUGAUCUGCCGCUGGAGUUAAUCCGAAGCGGCGUGAUUGAUGAUACGAAUUCGCCGGUUACGGCGGCUUUUGUCUUCGAAAAAGAUCGCAAAGGAAUUCUCAAGAAGAAUUGCUCCACGACAAGAGCAACAGCAGCCUCAAAAUCAGAUCCAUCAUCGGGCCGCCAAGUUCGUUUUUCCACAUCAUGCCCGGACUCACCUGGUGUAUGCGUUUCGCCUCACUUGCUCAAGGCGAGGGAGGACUUCAGUGCCUUCCUAGAAGCACAGAGUCAAUGACAUGCCAUGAUCCUCGAUCAGAGAAUGUAAUGUUUUUGCUUCUAUUUUAUGAUGCAUUAGUAUUUUGGUCAUUUUCCUUGAGAGUUUUUUGGUGGCCGAAAUACCAGUGUGCCAUAUGGUUUUGUUAGCUCUUUACAGGAGCUGAUUAUUCAACUCAAAAUCUUCAAAUAGAAACAAUAAUACCAUCAUUGUAUUUAGAUUCAUGAUCUAUAGGCUGUAGCUUUCAUGUUAAGCCAUAAUAUCGUUUGCGUCGAAUGGAAA